AUGGCGCAAAUCAAAACAAAGCAUUGUUUACCAUUCAUCUGCCACAAAGCAUUGUUUGUCGUCAAUCCUACAAUGUACAAUGACCACAUCUCUGACUGGAUCCAGGGGGUUCCUGUGAAAGCCCUCAAACGCAAACGCUUCAGCUAUCUGCGCACUCGACCAAUUGAUCCGCCGACGCCGCCCUCGACUAAAAUCGGUCCUGGCAAUGUGCCGCCCAUCUCAAUUAUGAACACACCGCCGACGAAGCGACAGCGAAAUUUUCCGAUUCGACAAGCCGAAUUUGAUGAGGGCGAACAGACGCCCCGUCCCACCGCCUCGACUCUCCGAAGUAAUGUGUCUCUCGGUUAUUCUACAUCAUCAAGAACAAGCAAGCGCAGCAGCAGCCCCCGCAAAAGGCAGGCAGAAUUGGAGGUGGAGCCAGAGGAAGCCAUUCAGGUGCGGUCACUGUCUAAUGGCAGACUACCGGACGAGCUGUUCUCGCUUGUGUCCGAGCUCGAAAAGGUUGCAAGUGGUGAUACCCCAGUGCUGCACGCGUCGCUUAGGCAGGAGCUGAAAUACGCGGAGGAGGAGGCAAAGGAGAGGCGUGCGUUGGGGUAUCGCAUACCUGAUUCCGCAUUUACGGGCGCAGCAGAAGACACGACGGCAGACUUGAUCACCGACAUCCCCGCUGCUAAAGUCUGCGAGUUGCUCCUCGCCGCUUUGCGCUGUCAAGAACGCAAACAUGACGAAAAUGGGUGGAACCAAGCUGUACAUUACCGGCUGCUACGCCUGGCGCUUCCAGCCGAUGGAUUUGUUGAUUUCGAGCCUUGCACAACCGCAAGAAUCACUCCCGAAAUCCUCCCGAGGUCUUCUUCGUCGGGAAAAAAGGUCGAUUACUGUUUUAUAAUUAACGGAGCGUCCGCUUUUGACGAGCCGGCGAUGGAGGCGGCCAAUAGGACUGGCACAUGGAAGACACCGGCACAAAUCAUCGAGAUACUGCGGCGCAGGACGCCCGGAACAUCAAUCAAUCAUACCGAUUUUGGCCCCCUAAACAAAUGGCCCAUCGCCCUCAGCGUCGAAACCAAAAGACCCGGCGAGUCAGGCGAAAAGGCUGAGCUGCAGGUGGGGGUCUGGCAGGCCGCACAGUGGAGGUUGCUCGAAUGGCAACGGCAGGAACAAAAGCAUAAACUACAGAUUCCACAGCAUUCACGGCAGUCAUUGGCCGCUAUGGAUGUGGAAGACGAGACAGUUCAAGGAGCGGCGGUGGUCGGGGUCAUGGACCCGAAUAUUGCCGGAAUUACCACACCUAGCCAGACCUCGAUACCUCCUACCACACCUGACUUAGUGUUUCUCCCGGCACUGAUAAUUGUCGGCCACGACUGGAAAUUCGCAGCCACGACUCGAGAGCACUGCGAUGGCGGCCGGACAGUACUGUGGACUGAAUCUACUGUUGGUAGCACCAGCAAUCUGCUCGGCAUCUAUAGGAUUAUUUGGUGUGUCCGCCGGCUGGCAAGGUACGUGGAGGAAAGGCAUUGGCCGUGGUACGCUGAGUACAUUCUAGGCCUGCGUCUCAAGACAUAG